ACUGGAGAAGAAGGACGAGGAUGAGAAAGCAGAGGCGUGGAUAAAAAUAUUCCGAAAUUUCAAGCAAGAAACUUCUGGGAAAUUUCCAUGCAAGGACCAGCAAAGAAAUUCCAAGCAAGGACAAGCAAAGAAAUUUCUGGGAAAUUUCCAUCCCAUUCUUUAUUACAAAUAUGGGAGCAACAGAUUUAUGGCACGAGUUAGAGAGCAAGCGGCCGUGAGCGGUAGCCACCACGCAGCGAUCCUCUUUUCCUUCUUCCAAAUACGAGAGCAUUCACCGAGGAUUAGAAACCAAGCGGCAGUGAGCGGUAGCCAUGCAACAAUGCUCUAGGCAAUACCAUAGAAAGGAAAUUUUGUUAGAAAUGUGAAUGGAAAAUAGAUAAACAUGGAUUCUAAUUAUGUGCCUCCCGUCGAAGAAAUGACUCGAGCACCGAGUGAUUUUUUGAUAGUAGCAAUAUUAAAAUGUUCCCCGUUCCCCUCCCCUAUAAAAUGCCACGAGCUUAGCUUGGUUCUCCCAGACAAAAUCCAUAACCAUCGCUCUAUAAUCUUUACCGAAGACGCGCCACCCGCCAUGCCCCUAAAUGUCCAACACGUCUCUGUUGAAGGAGUCACCGGCGAACCCUCACCCAAGGAGAAGGAGAAGAAUAAUCCCCAAACUCCACCGCCUCUGCUCCCGCCCCCGUCCGCUCCCAAGCCUCCGCCUCCCUUUGCCCAAGACGACGAGAGGGACUUCAAACGUGUGGGCAAGAUGGCUUACAACUGGGCGAUCGCCCUGCUCACCAUCUCCGUCGUGCUUCUGCUGACCACCCCCCAAGCGCUCGACCAUACCGAACGAGUCUUCCUCUACGCCGCCGGCACCUGCCUCGCCUGCCUCUCCCUCGUUACCGCCGUCGGCCUCAUCUACUACUCCGUCCUCAGCCAUCCUGGCGCCCAGCUCGCAAAGGUACAGGAGAGGGCGAUGGGCUUCUCUGCGGUGAACCUUGUGAUGGCUGUCAUCUUCCGCUUGGCACUCCUUAUCCCCAUCCCGCUCUUUCUAAAGAUCAUGGCUCCCAUUAUUUUGUUAGCUGGGCUAUUGCUUCUCUCAAUUUAUUUAACAGAUAAAAUUAAAGCCACAUGAAAAUUAAAAGAAGCGCAGCCACUACACAUCGAAUUAAUCAAUCAGUUGUAUAUAUAUCAAACCAUUCAACAUUUUAAAAUUAUGUUCUUUAUUAA